AUUUACAUACGGAAUAUAUUUAAAGUGAAACUCCCCUCCUUCUGGCACGCACACUAUCAUCUGAACACGCAGUGAGCACGAGCUGACUGGGAGCAGUGAGUAGCGCUCCAACGGUAACCGCAUCAACGGGUAGAGAAGGAAAAGCAAAACGCACGAGAGGACUACCUAACGCUGGGGAAACAGAGCAGAGGGGAGUAUCCCGGGUUCCCAAGAGAGCAUGUGCUAAACGGUGGAACGGAAAACGCGGAUGUAAAUAUAACGGGAACAGCAAAUAACCGCAAUCAGUGACUGCGCAAAACACACACAUCCUCAGGAUUUCUGUUUGAGGGAGAGGCAGACACACAUACACACGUUAACUUUUCUCCCGGUACAAGACGUUUGAAGCUCUGUUCCGUGAAUCGGUGAUGGGGGCAGUGGGCGAGGUGGGCAGCUUUUCGCACGGUCUGGAUAGCUUCAGUCACGGUUCACAUUUUGUCCUGACUCCCGCGGUAGACUCAACCGGACUGAUGGGAAGCGAACACCUUCUCUCCGCCGAACGGCUGUCACGGAGCACGCCCUCGGACUUAACUCACCUUAAGGGGAUCUUACGGAGAAGGCAGCUCUACUGUAGCACCGGCUUCCACCUCGAGAUCCAAUCUGACGGUACAGUGCAGGGCACGCGGAAGGACCACAGCAGAUUCGGUAUCCUGGAGUUCAUCAGCCUGGCUGUGGGGCUGGUGAGCAUCCGAGGUGUGGACAGCGGUCUGUACCUGGGCAUGAACAACAAGGGUCAGCUGUACGGAUCUGUAAAGAUGUCAGCGGAGUGUGUGUUCAGGGAACAGUUCGAGGAAAACUGGUACAACACGUACUCCUCCACCCUCUAUCGCCACGGCGACCGAGGGGCCUUCUACUACGUCGCCCUCAACAAAGAUGGCUCUCAGAGGGCCGGGGCGCGAUCCCGGCGACACCAGCGCUUCACACACUUUCUGCCUCGGCCUGUGGACCCCGACCGGGUACCGGAGCUGUACCGGGACGUGAUGGAGCAGAGCUGAGGAACGGCAGCGCCGGGAGGAGGAGGGAGGGGUUCCGCCUGGAGAACGGAGAACCAGAGGGAACGGAGAACGCUGGGUUCUCUUGAGGAUUCUCCCGUGAAGAGUGUCUGCAUGUCCUUGCUUGGCUCCUCCUCCUGGCUCUCGGACACAUUUUCCCACGGAAACAAGAUGGCGGUUCGAUUGUUGCGCCGGGGCGGUGGGCGAGAGGAGGCAGGUCUGAGGACAGCAGGGUCAAAGGUCACCGGUUCUCAUCACAGCCCCAAUUCUUCGUGUCCUGAUGUGGUUGGACCAAGGACAAGGAACUACAUGUGUUGAAUAAACUGACCUAGUUUUCCUGAGGAGGGCAGGUGGCUUUGUUUUCAGCACUGCUGAUGUCAUCUUUACAGGACAGGAACUGAUUGGUUGAUGAGAGAUUCUUAUUGGUUGACGGUGGAAGUAAGGGAAGAAGAACAAGAAGUGGGUGGUCUUCCAGCGGAGUGUGGAGGACCUGCUGUUCCUCUGUGUUACCCGAAAGUGAACUACCACGUUCUGAGGGAAGGUUCUAGAAGCCUAGUGAAGGAAUUCUGUUUUGUACUUCUGUGACUGCAUUCUAUAACUGAAAACACGCAUGGGACUGCAUCAAAAACCUGUUUAAACCUGUUUUUCUUUAUUUAUGCAUUUU